UACUGUCAAAACAGUGUGUUUUGAGGAAAAGCCAUUUUCACGUAAAAUUACAAGUGUUUUUUAAUAAAAAAAUAUUAUCUAUCUAUCUCAUAGUACUUUUUCUGUACCUUGCUUAGUUCAGUGAUAUAAUGAGUUUAUUUGACAAUGAGUUUUGAAAAUAUUUCAUGUAUAUAUGUACUACAAAGUGCAACAAUGUUAGAUGUUGGUUAUAGGUUAUUGUGAUUUCCUAAGUUACUUUUGUGAUUGUGUGAUGUGAAAACAGAAAUAAACGUUCUUUUGCCAAACAAAUACAAUAUUUUCGUUAUAUUGAAAUUGUUAUAAUUAACAAUAUACUUUUAUCCUUACUUUUUUGUGAAUAAUAGCAGUAAACUUGCGGUUCUAUUGUUUGAAAUUGAUAUUUUGUGAUACAUUUUUUUAAAAUAACAAUUACUUUUAAUAUUUAAUUAUGUACUAAAUUGGAAAAUAUAAUUUAAGAUUGUGUUCAAUAAAAAACCGACUUCAAUUUUGGCGGAAUGAAAAUUGAUUUAAAAACUAAACUAUAUAUUUAGAUAAAAUGCCUAUGAGACCAAUUUGUAAGCAUAUCCUUUUAAAUCAAAAGAGAAUUUUCCAAACCAGUUUAUAACUGACGGCGAUAUGAAGUAACAAAUAAAAAAAAAAUACAACCGAAUUGAAAAUAAUUGUUCUUUUUGAAGUCGGUUGAAAAAUAACCCAAUUACUUGUUAUUCGUAUUUUAUAUCAUUGUUAAUUUUAAACUUUAGUUAAAAAAAUUAUACAUAGCCAACGAUUUCUGUUUUUUUUUUUUGUUGUAUCAUUGUUAAAAUCUCUCUCUCUCUCUGUGUGUUUUUUUUUAUUUAUAGUAAAAUCAAAAAUAUUAAUAAGUCUCUGAAGGGAGUGUUCUAUUAGGGAAUUUUAGCAUAUUCCCAUUGAAUUAUUAUUAAUUAUUAAUUAGAAUUAUUGGUCGAAAAAUAAUAAGAAAUUAUACACGACCUCUCAAAUUAGUAUGAGGAGUCAUAUGAGAAAAAUGUACAAUGUCACAAGUAGAACAUUGCCUAAAAGUAUGUUAACGAUUUAAAUUGCACCUGUAUUCUGACAUAUCUGAACAGUAUAACAGUGUUUAAUAUUUAUUGUGUGAGAAAAGUAUGAAAUUCGUGCAGUACAAGAAGAUAUGUUGAAGAAACUACAUAAUUAAAGACAAUGUCAGUUAAAAAUGAUCAGAUGUCUGCGAAUAUUCGGAGCGUAUUCCUUCAGGUUGUCGCGGAGGCACUCGACUAUUCUUCUCAUCGCCUCCUUCAUUGUGACCAUCACCGUCAUUCUCCAACUAUACGCAUACAGACACCACGACCGGCCCCACAGAAGACAGAGGAUCGGUGACUUUGACUACAGCCCUGGCUCGUUUCUAAAAGGCCGACAGCCUAAUGAAAAUGUGACUUACUGUAAUUUUAAUUAUGGCCUACCGGAUACUCUCAAAUGGGGAAGUUUUCGUGUACAGUCGUCCCCGGAGACAGGAAAUUUGAGUCCAUACGGCGUGAUUUAUGACGCUAUUAAGGGCAAAGCGUAUACCAACACGAGCAAAUACGAAGCGUUGACGUACGCAACACAAGCAACCCCCGAAUUUAUCUAUCAUAUCGUAGAAAUAGCUAAGUACUGGGAUGGACCUAUCAGCCUUUCCGUCUUCGUUCCUGAUUACGAUGCAGAUUUAACAAUACAAAUUAUGAAUCACUUGUGUCACUGCUAUUCUGGAAUGUCAAAGGUUUCUCUACAUUUAUUUUAUCCCAGAAAAUUUCCGCCCAAAAUGCGAACUAGAGAGCAAAGAAUGAUGUCCACAACUACCGUCGUGACAACCACUAUCAACAGUACAGUUGAGGAAAUACUAAAAGCAAAACUAAAUAAAUAUAGGAAUUUGAACAAUAAAACGCGAGCUCAGUACAUAGAAUGGGUGAGAAAGAAUAAAAUCCAAAGAAUGAUGGUGCGACUACCUAAAAAGAGGUCAUUUGCGCCCACGCUGCAAUUCCGGGAUUGUUCUGGCUUGGAAUCCUUCGAUAUUCCCACAUUCAGACGAGAAAAUAAUAUGAUAUAUCCUAUAAACGUGGGCAGAAAUGUAGCUAGAAAUGCUUCAAGGACAAACUACUUUAUAGUAUCAGACAUAGAAAUGGUGCCAAGCGAUGGAUUAGCGCCCAAAUUUCUGACAAUGGUAAGAAAACUUAUGGGCGAUAAGAAACGAAACGAGGGCUGUAUAUUCGCUAAGACGGUCUUUGUUGUGCCGUUGUUUGAAGUGGAGAGAGGGGAGGAGAUUCCACGCGACAAAGACACGUUAGUACGUAUGGUGGCUGCAAACCGCGCAACAUAUUUCCAUCAGAAGGUCUGCUCUCAUUGCCAGAGGUUUCCAGGUCUUCAAUCAUGGCUGACUAGAUCCUCACCCGCUGGAAUAGAGCCCAUGUUAAUUGCACGACGUGAGUACCCAUACCAUAGAUGGGAACCGCUCUACUUUGGAACCCACAAGGAGCCAUGGUACAGCGAAAUGUUGUCAUGGGAAGGACGUCAAGAUAAAAUGACACAGAUGUUGGAACUAUGUCUUCAAGAGUACCGGAUGGUUGUCCUGGACGGUGCGUUUCUGUGUCACGCCGCUGUCACGAAAGGUGGUUACAAGCACGCCCGAGCUGAACGUGUCAAUACACAAAGAUAUAUGAAGAUCAUAGGUGCCCUGAAACAGAAGUAUCCUGACCGUCCCCAGUGCAAGGUUAUGUGGGGAUGCCAAGUGUGAUGAAUCAUAUCAUAACAUGUUCUAUAUCUGGUUAUGACUUUCACGUUUUAAAAAAAGACUAACAUAUUUGUUCUAAAUUGUACUCUAGCUAGGUAAUUUGGUGUACAUAUUAUUUUGUUUUUUUUUUUAAUCUUUCAUUAGUGUACUGGUACUAUUUUUUUUUACAAUUGAAAUUGAAAUUGGUAAUUGUCGCCUAAUUGGUAAUAAUUAGGUAAUUAAUCUAAAUUAGUCACUAGUUACAAACAUCAAGUUUAAACAUUAAUUAAUUAGUUUAGUUUUUAAUAUUUUUUUAUACUUUAAAAAAUAAAGUGAAUAAAUCAAUAUAUUAAAGAUGAUUUUUAUGUAGGCACCUUAGUUCUAAUAAAUCUAUACUUCUAUCCCCAAAUUUAUAAUACUAGUGUCUCUUCUUAAAUAUGAUAUAAUAUUUAUAUUUUUUUUAGUUAUUUUUAGUUCUAAUUAUUGAAAUAUAUUAAUUAGAUCUAUUGUAAAUAAUAAUAUAGUUUAGAAUGGGUAUAGCAGAAUAAGCAAUUUAUUGAAAUAAUUAUAUACUGUGUAUAUUAUAUGUAAAUAUUUAUUAUUUUAAAUGCAUUAAAGAAAGUUAUGAAUACUUAAUUAAUUUUGAUUAAUUUAUUUUUAAAUUGAAAGAGUUCCCAUGUUUUUUUUCCAUAAAGCGUUAGAAUCUCUGUGUAGUUUGUAGUUACAUACCAAUUUUUACCAGUUGUAUACCAAGUUUUUUUUUUUGUAAAUAAAGAUGAAAUAAGAAAAUUGUAGUUAAUGUAAGAUAUUAAGCUCUCAAGCUUCAAAAAUAAUGAAGUACGUCAUUUAUUUUUAACUUUUGGUGUAUACUAAAUCAUUAUUGUAAAAUAUUAAUGUACUCAUUUCAGUAUAGUACGUUAACUUUUAAGAUUUAUAAAUGUAAUCAUUGGCGUAUUUCCAGGGGCAGGGGGAGGGAGGGGCCUGGCCUCUUAAAAAAGAGAAAGAAAAGUAUAUAUAAUAAGAGUUGUCUUUGUCAAGCUUUGUUCGAGUCUUGGGGUGGGUGCACCAGAGCAUUCUGGGUCUGGCAUAGCCCACACAGCCUCUUUUAUUAAUACGCCUCUGAGUAUAAUCGAGAACAUAUCUAUUUUGAUUCGGGCGGCAAAGUGUUUUAUGUCUAAAAUUUUAUUAAAGAAUUUGAAAUUCUAUUUCUAAAUAACUUCCUGUAGGUUUACAGUUCGUGUAUACCCUUUUUUUAGUUCCCUAGUUUUUGGGUUUAUUACAAACAAACAAUUAAAUUUCUCUUCUAUAUUAGUAUAGAUAGUUGUGACCAUAUUAAACUUUUCAGAAAAGAAUAUUUAACCAAAAAGAAUAUUUAUUAUCUUUUAGUCUAUAACGCGUUGUCUUCACAAACUAUGAUUCAAUCUUAUCUUUCCUUAUUUAAAGUCCUUAAUCAAAGUUUUCCUUUUUAUAAUAUUAAUAAAGAUCUAUGAAACAUCUCAUCGUUUAUUGAUGCAUUUCAUUUAUUUUGAAAUAAUAACAGUUGGAUACUGUAUUAUAUUUUAUUAUUCUAUUUUAAUUUAAUGGAAAUGUAAACAAUCCAAAAAUUAAUCUAACAGUCUGUUGAUGUUCAAUAGCAGUACAAUUUAAAAAUAAAUUAAUUGAUUAAAUGUUUCAACUUAUCACUUAUUUCAUUUUGAGUGUGUUUCUAUGACAAUUUCAUUAAAAUUUGGUUGACCUUUCAAGUUAUAUUGAAACAUAUGGACAAUACUAAUAUUGACACUUUUAAGGUCACUAUUUUCUGUGGAAUAAAAUUACUAGCAUAAGGUCAAUUUUAAGGUGAAGUCCUUUAAAUGAAUAAAAUAUUGUGCUCUUAAUUGAACUGUCAUGGGCACUUCAAUUAUAUUAAUUUUUUUUUCUUCCAAAAAACUGAGAACGAAUAUUUGUCGCAAGCUGUAAGAUGCGUUUCUUGCACUUUCAGGGCAUAUAGUGUGAGAAAAUGCAACAGUUCUUAGUUGAAAUAGUUUGAUUAUAUAUCGCUACGUCCAUUUAUUGUAUCUUAUAUAAAUUCCGUUAAGUUUCGUUAAGAAAAGUUAGAUAUUAAGUUUAUAAAUUCAGUUCAGUAGUGAAGCUGAUGACCUUUCUUCAAGAAUGCCAGGAGCACUAGUGAGUCACUAUAUAAUUGUGAAUGACAUAAGUAAAUAUUUUAUAUACCUAUAUUUGCCGUCCACUUUACGGUGAUAUUUUACCUAUUUAGUUCCUUAUCUCAUGUCGACUUGUCUAGAAUUAGUUUACUCUUGACUUGUAAAUAUAGUUUAUAUUAAAUAAUUAAUGAAAAACUUCAGCGUAUUUUUUUCAUAUGAGGCUUUAUUUAUAGUAAAAAAGAAAAAUAUUUGCUUUUAGCGAUUAUUUAAAUAGAAUUAUUUUGUUUAAUUCCUCUAUCAUUAGCAUGAGUGCGAUUGCCAACUUUUAUUGGUUAUUUUUUAUGAACAGCUAUUUUUUGUUGUAUUUACCCAUGAGCAGAAUUUUAUUUUUAAUUAAAAUGAAUACAGAGCACAAAAGCCACAAUAAUAAACAAAACAGUGGAAAGCACAGAUAAAACAGGCCGUGUUUAAUACAGAUUAAACAUAAUAGAGAAAUGACUUAUUAUGUUCUAAUAAUGAGAAGCCUUAAUAAAAGAAAUAGAAGCUAAAUUAAUAAUUUUUAGAAAUUCUCUGUCUAAAAGUGUUAGUCAGUCUGUAUAUUGGUACCGGCAUCACGCAAUAGUUACUGUACCAAAUUAGAUGCAGUUUUUAUUAUAUUCCUAGAGGGCUUACUUAAAAACGAAGUUAAGUUUUAUC